AUGAGUGGUAACUAUAUCCCCUUCUACGCCGGUUCUCUUGUUCUCUUACUAACCCCUCUCGCAGCCCAAAUAGAACUCGCGAAUGCGCCGUCCGACGCCAUCUCGGCCGUCCGCUUUGCUCCCGAUUCGCCAAACCGUCUACUUGUCGCCUCGUGGGAUCGCAAUGUCUACCUCUACGACACCAACAAUCGAGACCACGGUAGUCUGCUGAAAAAAGUAGAGCACCGCGCUCCUGUCUUGGAUGUUUGCUUCGGCCACGACGACAACACCGCCUUCAGUGCCGGCCUCGACUGGGACGUCAAUCGCAUCAACCUCGAAACCGGCGACAAGACCGUCAUAUCAUCACACCAAGCCGGUGUCAAGUCUAUCGUCUACUCACAAUCUCACCACCUGCUCAUCUCGGCCUCGUGGGAUAGCACUCUCCAUGUUCACAUACUCAAAGACGCCAAUCUUGCCCACCCUCCCUCGACCAUCCCUCUUCCUUCCAAACCAUUCUCCAUCUCCUUGACUCCCACAAAACUCGUCGUCGCCAUGGCCUCACGCCACAUCUUCAUCUACGACUUGGCCGCCCUAAAGAUGCUCACCUCGCAAUCUGCCCCCUCUCAAGAAUCUGGAAACCAGAGCAUUCUCGAGGUCCAGCCCUGGCAACAGCGUGAAAGCAGUCUGAAGUUCAUGACCCGUGCCGUCUGCUGCAUGCCCAACGAUCAGGGCUACGCACUGUCUUCAAUCGAGGGCCGCGUUGGUGUCGAGUGGUUCGAUCCUUCGACCGAGUCUCAGAGCCGCAAGUACGCCUUCAAGUGCCACAGACAAGCAGACGACGGCGUCGAUGUCGUCUAUCCCGUCAACGCUUUGGCCUUCCACCCUGUGCACCAAGGAACCUUCGUCAGUGGAGGUGGUGACGGUUUUGUUGUGCUGUGGGAUGGCGUUACCAAGCGCAGGAUCAGACAGUACCAGGCAUACCCUUCCAGUGUCUCUAGUGUUUCAUGGAGCUCUGACGGCAAAUAUCUGGCCAUCGCAAUCAGCCCUGGCUUCGAGGACGGAAAAGAGGUCAUCGAUGAGGGCCAAGUCAAGUUGUACAUCAGAGAACUUGCAGAUGGUGAAGCAAAGGGCAAGAGCGCCAAAUAG